CUCUCUGGGGUGGCCAUAGUGCGUGUUGGCAAACAUGGUGUAGUGACAGGAAACUCUUACCCUUCGAGUAUCUGGCGUGUUUUUUUUCCCCUUCCAGAGCUGCGGAAGAUGCAAUCAGUGGAUCCGCAGAAUGGCAGGAACUUUUGGCGCAAGAAUAGCAAGGUCCCAGGCGGAAUGCGAGCAGUGUAUGGAGCAAUGCAUCCGCCCAUCACCCACUCACCCAGGUCCAGUCCACGGAAGGAGGGUGGACCACGAAAACCAGAGACCACAGACAGCUUUCAGGACUAUCAAGAGUCUGUGAAUGAUGCGUGGGACUGCGGUGAUGAUGAAUUCUGCGUCAUAUCCGACGUCAAAAUAUCCAGCAGAAUGGUGCAGUCGGCCGCCCUCAGUGUGAUCAACAGCCAUCGGUCGGGGCAACUGCUGGCAAAUUCACCCUCCGAGAGUCUGCCGGAGCUGCAUCCCCACCACCACCACCACCCCCUCCACCACCACCACCACCACCACCAGCCCCCACACACCUCCCACUCCCCACCACUACAGCAGGAUGUUGUUGAUGAGACGCCAGCUUACAGUUUGCAUUGUUCCUCUCCUGGUGUGGAGGGAACCCUACCUCUCUCCAGACUUGACCCCUCUGCUGCCGUCACCCCCCGGACCCCUGUCAUCACCUCCGACAGUGAGCGUGAUGUGGCCAGGACGGAGAAGUUCUUGGAGGUGAUCAAUGCAGCCAACACGUCCUUGCCAGAGCUCCGUAAACUGUCCUGGUCUGGCAUUCCUUCACAAGUCCGUGCCGUCGCCUGGAGAUUACUCAAUGGUUACCUCCCGGCAAACUCUGAGAGGCGAGAGGACACACUGCGGAGGAAACGCGAAGAGUACUGGAGCUUUGUGGACCAGUAUUACGGCACCAGGCACGAGGAUAUUCACCAGGACACGUUUAGACAGAUCCACAUUGACAUUCCGCGCAUGUCUCCGCUGAUCCCUCUGUUCCAACAAACCAUCGUGCAGGAAAUGUUUGAGCGCAUUUUGUACAUCUGGGCCAUCCGCCACCCUGCCUCGGGCUACGUGCAGGGCAUCAACGACCUUGUCACGCCCUUCUUCAUCGUCUUCCUUCACGAGGUCAUUCCUAAAGAGGAGAACCUAGACACAUAUGAGGUGGAGAAAAUCGAGGCGGAUCAGCGGGCAGUGGUGGAGGCGGACAGCUUCUGGUGCAUGUCGAAGCUGCUGGAUGGCAUUCAAGACAACUACACUUUUGCACAGCCAGGAAUACAAAGCAAAGUCCAGCAACUCGGAGAACUCAUGAAGAGGAUAGAUGUGAAUCUGCAUCAGCACUUGGCCAGACAGGAGAUAGACUACCUGCAGUUUUCAUUCCGGUGGUUCAACAACUUGCUGAUGCGUGAGAUGCCCCUCGGCUGCACCGUCAGGCUCUGGGACACACUGCACGCCGAACCUGAUGGAUUCUCUCACUUUGUGCUGUACGUGUGUGCCGCCUUCCUCACCUACUUCUCUCCGCAUCUCAUGAACCAGAGGGACUUCCAGGGUCUAAUGUUGCUGCUCCAGAACCUCCCGACGUCCUCCUGGUCCGACACAGAAAUCAGUCUGCUGGUGGCCGAGGCAUUCAGACUCAAGUACACCUUUGCCGAUGCACCGAACCACCUCCAGGCACCAAGGAAGUGAUGCCACACACACUGCAACACCACUCACCACCACCAACACUCACCUUGACACCACCCACCACAAUACCACUCACUCACACCCACAUCUUACUUCCAUCACAACACUCACACACUGCAGCACCAUAUACAUCACUCACCACUCACAACACCACAACACACACACACACUGCAACACCACAUACACUCACAUCACUCACCACCACAACACCCACACCCACCAACACACAACACAACACCACCAACAAGCUAAACAUUUUUUAUUAUUAAAAUGUAAGAGAGAACUGGCUAAGGGCAACAAAAAUCUAAAGAUAAACAGACCCACUCAGGUGCCAGUCCCCUUACAGAGCCAAAAAUAUUAGCCAAAAGUGGAACAAAUGUCUUCAAACCUCCCUCUUCAAUAAAACCAGAUCAUUUCACCAAAAUCACCAAAACCAUGAUGGAAAUUAAUUAAAGAUGCAGGAAAUUGAAGGCACGGGAAAUUCUGCACCAGUAUUACCAGAAAAAAUGUUGGGAAAUGAAAGGGAAGUGUGAGAAUGUUGAAAAUGCCGGAAUUUGCCGAGGAAAGUACCCAGAAUGCAUUGGUGAAGAUAUAGACAUGAAAAAACAAGAGAAAAAAUAAGAAAAUAUGAGGAAAAAAAAUGACAAAAAUAUGAGUAAGAAUGUCAAAUCAUAUCGGAAAAGAAAAAUAUUAAGAAAAAAAAAAAAUCAAAUUAAUAGGAAACACACUCCUAACACCACAAAACACUAAAAAAACACCAUUAAACACCAAAAAACACUAAAAACACCACAAAACACCCAAAAUACCAUUAAACACCACAAAACACUAAAAA